GAAGAGAUUAGUUACAAAAUAUAAUAAAUAUUCAUGAAGAAGAUGACCCUUCAUCCACCAUAGAAAGAAGUUGCUUCAAGACAAACCCAUUUCACCAAUUCUACCAUAAACAAACCCACCAUUUUUAAUGUCACUCAAUCACCAUAUCACCACCACCUCCUCUCAUGUAUCCUUUACGUCGAAAAAUCUCCCCCUUUUCUGCCUACACCGCGGCCAUGAAACACCGCAAAAACAAUAACCUUUCGGUUUUUGUUGUCAUCUUUUCGCUUAUCCUAUUUGGGCUCUUCAUGUACAAUGAAGAUGUCAAGUCCAUAGCCGAAUUCCCAUUCACCGCGUCAAAAAUUGAAAUCGCUUCCACCACGACUUUAGUGGUGGAAUCUAAAAGAGUGGAGGAUAAGGGGAUUGAUAUGCCGGUUCAUGUGGACAAUGCGGUGGAGGAAGAAGUUGAGGACGAUGAAGAGGAGGUCGAAUUGCCACCCGAAGAAUGUGAUUUGUAUGAUGGAAAAUGGGUUUUUGAUGAUUCAACACAUCCAUUGUAUAAAGAAGAUCAAUGUGAGUUUCUUACUGCUCAAGUGACAUGCAUGAGAAAUGGGAGAAAAGAUUCCAUGUAUCAGAAUUGGAGGUGGCAACCUAAGGGUUGUAACUUACCCAAAUUUAGGGCGAAAUUAUUGCUGGAGAAACUGAGGAACAAGAGGCUAAUGUUUGUCGGCGAUUCAUUAAAUAGAAAUCAAUGGGAAUCGAUGGUGUGUUUGGCACAAUCCAUUAUUCCUCCAGGAAGAAAGAGCUUGAUAAAAACCGGCUCCCUUUCCAUUUUUCGAAUUGAGGAUUAUAAUGCGACGGUGGAAUUUUAUUGGGCACCAUUUUUGGUAGAGUCGAAUUCGGAUGAUCCAACUAUGCAUAGCAUAUUGAAUAGAAUCAUAAUGCCCGGAUCCAUUAAUAAGCAUGGUAAAAAUUGGAAAAACGUCGAUUAUUUGGUCUUCAACACCUACAUUUGGUGGAUGAACACCUUCGCCAUGAAAGUCCUGAGAGGAUCAUUUGACAAAGGAGAUACAGAAUAUGAUGAGGUUGAAAGGCCCAUUGCGUAUGCAAGAGUUUUGAAGACAUGGGCUAAAUGGGCCGACAAAAACAUUGACCCAAACCGAACCAUGGUUUUCUUCAGCAGCAUGUCUCCUCUACAUAUAAAGAGCUUGGAUUGGAACAAUCCGGAUGGCAUCAAAUGUGCAAAGGAGAUUAGUCCAAUUCUAAACAUGUCCAUGCAUAUAAACGUGGGCACGGACAGGCGGCUCUUUAGGGCGGCAACUGAUGUGAUUCAGUCGAUGAAGCUUCCGGUCCACUUCCUCAACAUAACUUCGCUUUCAGAAUACCGUAAAGAUGCACAUACCUCGGUAUACACCAUUCGCCAAGGCAAGAUGCUGACGGAUGAGCAAAAGGCGGAUCCAAACACUUAUGCGGAUUGUAUACAUUGGUGUCUUCCUGGGUUACCUGACACAUGGAACGAGUUUCUUUAUACGCGUAUCAUUUCUCGCUCUUGACCUUUUGAAUUUGAUCUUGAUUGGUGCAAGCCAAUUCUGAUCUCAUUUGUUUAUUUACCUUCGUUUAGGCAUUAAUUUUGGUUUUUUUUCGCGUACCUUGUAUCUUGUGAGAGGGCAAUUUUACGUUUUUAUAUUUUGUUUUUAUUUUUAUUAUGAAAAUUUUUGUUUAGACGUUGGGUCACAAAUGCAAAGUGAAAUUGUCUCUCAAUGUACAAUGAAAUGUUGAAAGACGAAAUAAAUGAAUGCACACAUUGUAAGCAGGUGUGUGUCAUUUCAGUUUAAA